AUGCCUCCCACGCUUCGCAAGCGCAAAGCGCCUGAGCCCGCGCCCGCUCCUGCCCCCCCUCCUAAGAAGGCCGCUGCUCCCAAGAAGGCUGCCGCCACUCCCAAGAAGGCCGCAGCGCCCAAGAAAGCCGCUGCUGCGCCCAAGAAGGCCGCCACUCCCAAGAAGGAGGAGGCUACCGCUCCCGAGAAGGAGGCCGCUGACGACGAGACCGAAGUCGAGGCCGGAGAAGCGCAAGACGCGCCCGCGCCCGCGCCCGCGCCAGCCAAGGCCUCUAAGCAGGCCGCUGUCGGCGACACUGUCGACCUGGACGGCUUUGGCGGCGAGAUCGAGACCAACGACGGCACCAAGACGACCCUGAAGAAGCUCGUCGACGAGAGCAAGUCCGGCGUCGUCCUCUUCACCUACCCCAAGGCCUCCACGCCAGGCUGCACCAAGCAGGUCUGCUUCUUCCGCGACGCCUACAAGCCCCUCAGCGCCGACGGCCUCGCCAUCUACGGCCUCAGCGCCGACUCCCCCAAGGCCAACACCACCUUCCACAAGAACCAGAAGCUGCAGUACCCGCUGCUCUGCGACCCGACUGCCACCCUCAUCGCCGCCAUCGGCCUCAAGAAGCAGCCCAAGGGCACCCAGCGCGGCGUCUUCGUCGUCGACAAGCAGGGCAAGGUCCUCGUCGCCGAGGCGGGGAGCCCCCAGGGCACCGUCGACCGCGUCAAGGCGCUCGUGAAGGAGCUCAAGGCAUGA